GCGGUGCUGACGCUGAGGUGAAAAACUCUUCUGAAAUCUGUGCUGUACAGAGGAGAGCAGCAAAGAGGAGAAGAGUUCAUUGUCCUCCUUCACUUUUCUGCAGCAUUUCCCUGUUUCAUCAUGGACUUCUGGAAUGAAAGAGCGUGGGGAACAUUCACGCAGAUUUUUUUGAUACUUUCCAGCUUGUGUGUGGACCUAAAAGCAGAAACGUGUCACAGUCUGCUGGUAUCGAGUUUAUCACCAUCAUCAUUUAGAAGCUCCUCACAACUAUCUAGCAGUCAUGGGCCGGGUUUUGCUAAAUUAAACCGAAGAGAAGGUGCUGGAGGCUGGUCUCCUCUAAAUUCCGACAAAUAUCAGUGGUUGGAGGUUGACCUGGGUGGACGGACACAAAUCACAGCUGUUGCUACGCAAGGUCGCUAUGGGAGCUCUGACUGGCAAACAGCCUACCAGCUGAUGUUCAGCGACUCAGGACACAACUGGAAACAGUAUAGAUGGGAAGGACAUAUAGGGGCCUUUCCUGGAAAUAGUAAUGCAGACAGUGUGGUCCAGCACAAGCUCCGGCACCUGGUGAUCGCUCGCUUUGUCCGCCUCAUUCCGCUCGACUGGAAUCCAAAUGGUCGGAUUGGACUCAGGCUGGAAGCUUAUGGAUGUCUCUACAAUUCUGACACGGCGAACUUUGAUGGUGACAGCAGCCUUUUUUUCAAGUUGAGUCCAAGACCGAUACAGACAUCCGCUGACAGCAUCUAUCUGAAAUUUAAAACCAUGAAAAACUCUGGAAUUCUGCUUCACGCUGAAGGACAGAAUGAGCUCAGCUUCACUUUGGAGUUACAGAAAGGACAACUUCUGCUGCUCCUCAGAAAAGGCAGGAGUUUGUCCGUAGACAGACUACAUCUUGUGUCUCUGGGCAGCCUGUUAGACGACCAACACUGGCAUCUUGCUGCAGUGGAGCAUCACAGCAGUAACCUCAAUCUCACUGUGGACAAAAACACAAAGUGGGUGGCGAUCCCACCAUGGUUCACCCACUGGGAUUAUGAUCAGAUGACUGUUGGAGCAGAUCAGAACCGCAGCUCCCAAAACUUGAAUAGAAAUUUCCACGGCUGUCUUGAAAACCUUGUUUACAAUGGCCUGAACCUGAUAGAACUGGCUAAACAGAAGGACCAACGGGUUACUGUGAUGGGCAACGUGACAUUUUCCUGUUCUGAACCCAUUUAUGUUGCUGUGACGUUCACUGGCCCCCUGAGUUCCCUGAGGCUGCCUGGGGCCACAGAGCUGCAUUUAGCAGGGACCUCGGUGGAGCUUCAGUUUCGGACGUGGGAAAAGGAGGGGCUGCUUUUGACUUUUGAUCUCCCAAAGAGACAAGGGACAGUAUGGCUGCACCUGAAAGAAGCCACACUAUAUCUUCAGAUCUACAUGACUGGCAGGGCAUCUUUAGAGCUAAAAGCAGGUUCAGCCUUGAAUGACGGUCAGUGGCACUCCGUGGACUUGAAAUCAGGACAAGAAGAUCUGACCAUCACAGUUGAUGGAACUACAGGAGCCAGUCCCGCAUACCAUAUCACACCAGGAGGUCAACUUUUCUUUGGCGGCUGCCCUGCUGUAGGGAACAGCCAUGAGUGCAGGAAUCCCUUCAGAGCUUUCCAAGGAUGUAUGCGUCUUCUAACAGUGAAAGAGCAGCUGGUGGAUCUCAUCAAGGUGCAGCAGAGACUGAUGGGAGAUUACAGCAACCUGCAGAUUGACAUGUGUGGCAUUAUCGACAGAUGUUCCCCAAGUCACUGUGAGCAUGGAGGCAGCUGCACUCAGUCGUGGAGCACCUUUCGAUGUAACUGCUCCAGCACCGGCUACAGUGGAGCCACAUGUCACAGCUCAAUAUAUGAACAGUCCUGUGAGGCCUACAAACACAGAGGCAACACAUCAGGAUAUUAUUACAUUGAUGUGGAUGGUAGCGGACCCAUCAACCCGCAGCUUAUAUUCUGCAACGUGACAGAAGACAAGACGUGGACAGUGAUCCAGCACAACAACACAGAACUGACCAAAAUUCAACCGUCAAUAGAACGAAGUCAGCACUUUGAAUAUACAGUGAAUGAAGAGCAGCUAUUGGCAAUCAUCAGUCAAUCAGAGUAUUGUGAACAGGAACUGGCUUACCACUGCAGGAAGUCACUCCUUCCUAACACACCAGACGGUGCUCCACUCAGCUGGUGGGUUGGAGGUCCCGGUGCAGGACAAAGGCAGACCUACUGGGGCGGAGCUCUUCCAGGCAGCCAACAGUGUGCCUGCAGUCUGCAGGAGAACUGUGUGGACCACAAACACCAUUGCAACUGUGAUGCUGACCACACUGCAUGGGCUAAUGACUCUGGCCUGCUGACUCAUAAGGAGUCCCUGCCUGUCAGAUCUUUGGUGCUAGGUGAUGUCCAGAAGCCAGGAUCAGAGAGCUCCUACAUGGUGGGACCCCUGCGUUGUUAUGGAGACAACAGUGUCUGGGACUCUGCGUUUUUUGACAAGGAAACAUCGUACCUCCACUUUCCCACCUUCCAUGGAGAGCUGAGUGCAGACAUCUCGCUCCUGUUUAAAACCACCUCAUCCUCUGGCGUCCUCCUAGAAAACUUGGGCAUCAGAGACUUCAUUCGACUUGAACUCGGCUCCUCCACUGAGGUCCUUUUUUCGUUUGAUGUGGGUAACGGCCCGCUGGAGGUUACAGUAAAGGCUGGUGUCCCGUUAAACGACAACAGGUGGCAUCGCAUUCAAGCUGAGCGAAACGUGAGAGAGGCAUCGCUUCGCCUCGACGAGCUCCCUGCUGCCACAAUGGAAUCUCCUGCUGAUGGACACAUUCACCUGCAGCUCAACAGCCAAUUAUUUGUAGGAGGCACUGCAUCCAGGCAAAAGGGUUUUCGAGGAUGUAUCCGCUCCUUGAGGCUGAAUGGUAUCACUUUGGACCUGGAGAAAAGAGCCAAGGUCACCCCCGGGGUCCGGGCAGGAUGUCCAGGCCACUGCAGCACCUAUGGUGCGCUUUGCCAGAACCAAGGUCGCUGUGUGGAGAGAACCAAAAGCUUUUCCUGCGACUGCAGCUCAUCUGCCUACACUGGAGCCUUCUGUGACAAAGAUGUCUCAAUCAGCUUCAAGCCGGAGACAUCCAUCAGAUAUAUUUUCAAGGAGAAGCUGGUGAAUGAGUCGAACAGGAGCAGCAGCUCCCCGUCCUCCCACAUUAUGCCCAACAUGAACCUGAGAGCAGAAAACAUUUCCCUGAGUUUCAGGACCAGCCAGAUUCCUGCUUUGUUACUUUAUGUUGUCUCUAACCACAGAGAGUACCUGGCUCUGCUGCUCAACAAGCAAGAGCAGCUGGAGGUGAGGUACAGACUGGAAAGUAGCAAAGAAGAAGAAAUCCUAAGGAGCAAAGUGAGGAAUCUUGCAGACAGACAGCUGCAUUCUGUUUCUGUCAGCAGACUGGUAAACUCUGUCACUAUACAGGUUGACCAGCAUAACAGAGAGAAUUUCAACCUGACCUCUGGUGUUGAAUUCAAUGACAUAAGGUCACUGAUUCUUGGCAGAUUUCACAAUUCUCCAGAUUUGGAUCCAGAGCUGGCUCAGCUCGGCUCUCUGGGUUUCACUGGCUGUCUAUCUGCUAUACUCUUUAACUCCAUCAGCCCUCUGAAAGCUGCUCUUCUCCGACCAAGCACCAGCCCUGUUGUUGUCACGGGUCCAGUCAUCCAGUCCAGUUGUGGCUCAGCUUCAGCCAAUGCAGCAGAAAACACACACCACCAGUCAGACCAAUCUGGAUCGAUAGGAGGAGGUCAGCCUUUAAUGAAUGCCCUCCAAAAUGACUCAGCUCUCAUCGGAGGUCUGAUAGCUGUGGUGAUAUUGGGGAUUGUAUCUGCAUUAGCCAUACUGGCCCGAUUCCUGUACAGAAGAAAGAGAACAUGCCAAAACCAGGAGCUGAAAAAAACAGAAGAUAACAAUGGAUUGCAAUUUGCCAGCCAGACCAGCUCGCAGUAUGGUCCGACUGAAAACCAGAAGGAAUAUUUUAUUUAGACGCAAGCUCCCAGCUGGCAGUGUUGGACCUGAGGAAGAAACAGACAGAGACAUUUGGUUAUUUCUCAGUGUUUUGUGUAACAACCAGAUAUGAGAUGGUGAUUUAUAUACAGCUUGUGAUGUUGAACAAUCAAAAAAGCAAAAGUGUGGGUCACAACAGUCAAAGAGCUGUGAAUGGAUAAUGAUGUAAAUUUUAAAGAGUUUACUGUAUACCAAACAGUUGUUUAUAUGUCUCAUUGAAAUGAUAAAACAUUUUUGUUGAACUUGGAGUGUUUUGUAUUAUAAAUGUUUACCUUUGGAGCCAGUAAGCCUUGUCAUUAUAAUUUAAAAAAACG